CCCCCNAUGGCCGCUCGCAGCGGUGACAGGAGCCCGCCGGACGCGCUGCAGAAUCGCUUCCGCAGCGAGCGGGCCGACAAGGAGCGCCGCUGGCAGCUGCUCUUCACGCAGUACACCGUGAACACCCUCCAGCCCGUUCACAUGGUCGCUAGGAAGCCAAUGUCUUGGCAUGAGAACGUACAUCUGCCAAUAAACGAUGAAUUCUUGAAACUUCUUCACCGUGCAGCAGAGGUGCCAAGAAAGAAAUACUCAGAGCCACAAACUGAAAGCCAAGAAAUUGGCUGGCAUUCAACACCUUUGGUUCCUUUGGACCGCAGUGAUACCAGAUUCUACUUCCCACGCAAGACAACUGAGAUUACCAUCCAUGGCUACCCUGCACCACGGGGAGAGAAGCCUAAAACUACUACAGCAGGAAAUCUAUAGAUAGAAUGUUAAUGACAUCUAAUGUGUUAGGCCCUGCUUGUUACCCACCAAGUCUGGCAAAUUUCUAGUGAGAGACAACAGAAAAAAGAAAACUAUAAUCUGUCCAGAUUUGCAGCCUGACAACAGUGACACAAAUAAACCUAUCUUUAAGGCUCUGUA